UGUUAUAGCUUUGUGGGUAAUAUAUUGCGAUGCAACCACCCAAGAUGGCAACCAAGUAGAAACUGGUUUUUCAACAGGUUUCAUCGACCAUUAAAGUUUCCGCCAUCAAUUUUAGACCUUAUAACUUCACAAAAUGGACAGCGCAGCGAAAAGAGAAUCAGGAGACUUUUUGGUCGGUGGGAAGUAUCGUCUGGUGAGAAAAAUCGGAAGUGGUUCGUUUGGUGACAUUUAUCUUGGUAUCAACAUCACCAACGGCGAGGAAGUUGCUGUGAAAUUAGAAUCAACAAAGGCCAGGCAUCCGCAGCUUUUGUAUGAGAGUAAGUUGUAUAAAAUCCUCCAGGGUGGAGUGGGAAUACCUCACAUACGUUACUAUGGAAAUGAGAAAGAGUACAAUGUUCUUGUAAUGGACCUAUUAGGACCAAGUUUGGAAGACCUGUUCAACUUCUGUUCAAGAAGAUUCACAAUGAAAACGGUACUCAUGCUUGCAGACCAAAUGAUAGGUCGCAUUGAGUACGUACACAACAAAAACUUUAUUCAUAGGGAUGUGAAGCCUGACAACUUUCUCAUGGGUAUUGGUCGCCAUUGCAACAAAGUUUUUUUGAUCGACUUCGGGUUGGCGAAAAAGUACCGGGACAGUCGUACAAGACAACAUAUAGCUUACCGAGAAGACAAGAAUCUGACAGGCACAGCACGCUACGCCAGUAUCAAUGCUCAUUUGGGUAUCGAACAGAGUCGGAGGGAUGACAUGGAAUCCCUUGGAUAUGUCCUGAUGUACUUCAACAGGGGAAGUCUGCCAUGGCAAGGUCUGAAAGCCAAUACAAAGAAGCAGAAGUAUGAGAAAAUCAGUGAAAAGAAAAUGUCCACUCCAGUUGAGGUGCUCUGCAAAGGUUUUCCUGCCGAGUUUGCCAUGUACCUCAAUUAUUGUCGAGGAUUACGCUUUGAGGAGGCUCCAGAUUACAUGUACCUACGCCAGCUCUUCAGAAUUCUUUUCCGCACACUGAACUACCAAUACGACUACACAUUUGACUGGACAAUGCUGAAGCAGAAAGCAGCAGCUGUUGCUCAGUCAACCAGUAAUCCGGUCACACAAGGGACCACUGGGGCCCGUUGAAAAUUUCAUUGAACAAUUGUUGAAGCAUGAUUUGGUAAAAAUGAACAUCAGCAGAAAUUCUGUGCGAAAUUUUCAUUAACCUUUUUGUAAUAAAUGUACAAAUAUUUAUUGUAUGUCUUAUAUUGCUUUAUGUGAGUAAUGCAGUUAUUAUGUCUGUAUUUCCUGCUCAUUUACAAUAUAUGAGAGAAGAUUGUACCGAAUUUCUGUUGUGAAAGACAUAUUGUCAUAAGCACUUUGCCAGGUUACUUUGAUUAAAAAUGGUAUAUUAUAAAAAAAAUCAAUACUGGUUAUAAUGGUAAGACAGUCUUCAAAGCUCGGUUAGGUGAUCACUGAUUCACAUGCACAAGCUACAGAAAUGUCAGUAACUUUAUUUGACUUAAAAACAGGUGAUCAACUACACAAAUGUAGCCUAUAUUAAAAAAAAAAAAAGAUGAACUUGUUGAUGUUGUUAAGAAUGUUCACAUUUAAACUAGUGCUCUUGUCAUUGUAUAUUUCAUUAAAUUGCUGUCAGUACGAAAUUCUUAACACCAAAAUGUUAUAAAAUGCUUUAUUACAUGUCACUAUUUCUGAAUUAUUUUGUGAUCAGUAUCUUCAUUUUAUUAUUGUUGUGUAAAUAGUCAGAUUAUAGUGUUUUGCUAACAGAUUGGCAUUUGUAAGGAUAAGUUUGUGUUUAACUUGGUGGUUUAUAACAGUUAAUGCUGUUACUGGUUAUGAAUGUAUUAUAACUUGUAUUGAUUAACUUCUUUAUGAUAGUGUUUUUUUUUAAAUAAAUAUUUUGAAUGUUGGUUAUUAAACAGGUUUUAGCAAUAUCAUUUUCUGACACGCUUGCAAUCCACUAGUUUAAUAAUGGUAAUACUUAAUUUGUUGUAAUGUAUAAUCUGCCUCCAUGAUAAAUUAUCUGAAUAUUUUUUUUUUAUCCCUAAAUUUUCAUGGAUACUUGAGAAAAGUAUAACAUCUUAAUUUAAUUGAGAACUGAUUUAAAUGGAAUUCUAUAUCGAAUGUAUUGCAGUAUUUUUCCAUAUACCAUGGUUAUAACGUAAAUGGUAUACAUGUAAACCAUAAUAAGCAAGCAGUGUACAUCUAAACUAAUGCAGUGUCGUAGAGAAACAGAUAUUUGUAUGUAGAGAAGGUUUGAACUUGUAAACAUCAUGUUUGUGUUUGUUGAGACAUAUUUGAGACAAAUGUUUUCUGUAUAUGUUUGCAAGUGGUACAGAAUGUAAAUUAGCUGAAGCUGGAAAUAAAAGUCAAAAUGUUAA